AUGGCGUACGUUGUGCCUGAACGCAACCAUAUUUCACCGUUUAACAUUUUGCUAGGAACAAUUUCCAGUCAGCUCAGUCGCGAAAAUAUACACAAGAUUAAGAUUUCACUUCGCGGACAUGUCAACAAAGAACUGCUAGGUAAACUAAAAGGUGGCUUCGAUUUGAUUCAUAUUCUACAAGACCGCGGUCUAGUUACCGAGAAAAAGCUGUCCUUCUUGCGGAAACUCUUGCAAGACUGCGAAUUGCCUUCGUUGAUAGAUCUACUAGAUGAGUACAAGCAAGCAAUGCACCUUAUGAAUGGUCAAUCUAAAGAAGGUACAGUUAUAACAAAAUAUUAAGCUGAGUUUCUGUUUCACUCUGACAUGCAGCGACCGCUCAUACCCCCUUUAUACUUUGGUCAGUGAGAAUGAGCCAUGUCCAGCCCUGGCCAUGGAAUCCAGAGUUUCUUCACUUCUUACUUAGUUCCACACUUCCCAGAGGUGUGGAAGUGUGGAAAAGUCUGACAAAGUAAGGAUAUUGUCUCACUUUCCCCCAGUCAUGAACCCUUUGUCAUUCUUUACUUAGUUCUACACUUCUCAGAGGUGUGGAAGUGUGGAAAAGUCCGACAAAGUAAGGAUAUUGUCUCACUUUCCCCCAGUCAUGAACCCUUUGUCAUUCUUUACUUAGUUCUACACUUCUCAGAGGUGUGGAAGUGUGGAAAAGUCCGACAAAGUAAGGAUAUUGUNAAUAGGAAAAUAAACUACCUAAACAGACUUAACAAUCCUAGCAACUGCUUGUCUACCACGCGUUUUCUCAGCUGUUUCGGUCGUCGCAGAAAAGCGUCGACGGAAUUUUGACCGAUGGCGUACGUUGUGCCUGAACGCAACCAUAUUUCACCGUUUAACAUUUUGCUAGGAACAAUUUCCAGUCAGCUCAGUUGCGAAAAUAUACACAAGAUUAAGAUUUCACUUCGCGGACAUGUCAACAAAGAACUGCUAGGUAAACUAAAAGGUGGCUUCGAUUUGAUUCAUAUUCUACAAGACCGCGGUCUAGUUACCGAGAAAAAGCUGUCCUUCUUGCGGAAACUCUUGCAAGACUGCGAAUUGCCUUCGUUGAUAGAUCUACUAGAUGAGUACAAGCAAGCAAUGCACCUUAUGAAUGGUCAAUCUAAAGAAGGUACAGUUAUAACAAAAUAUUAAGCUGAGUUUCUGUUUCACUCUGACAUGCAGCGACCGCUCAUACCCCCUUUAUACUUUGGUCAGUGAGAAUAUGUAGGCAUUUAACUGACAAGUAUGAAAAAAAAAAUACUUAAUCACUUUACACUCAUCCGUGUCGAUUUCAAGACAAUAAGCUCAAAUAACAUUGCAAUUACAAACGUGAAUAUAAUGAAUAAUAUUUACUUUCCCGCAUGAUUUGUUGUUAAUUAUCCUCGGAGGAUGUUAGUCUUUUAGAGUGCAGAUCAUUCUUAUGAAAUCUAUCGGACAGUACUUUUCUUUGGUGGUGACAAAAACGAUAAAACUAAACCCUUUAUACAUAUUAUCCACGAUGAUUAAUAUCUUUCAUGACUUUUUUUUAGUAAAUACGCUGGUAAGUAAGCCGGUUUUAACUUUUCAGUCUGCGGGUGCCUUUAACCGCCGGUGGCCGAUCAUAUGAUAACAAAUGGUCAGGCUUUUACGAACUAACUGCUCGCUUAGGAAUCAGCGUGGUUCUGUAACUUCUUAGUCAGUAAUCUAAAUUGCCAAUUCAAAUAGACUGGCGUGCUACUACGCAGUGCCUUUCAUUUUUAUUAAAAUCGGUCGGUUUUUGCUUUUCAGUCUCUAAAUUAAACCCUUCUAAAAAGAUCCAUUUGGUGCACCCUAGCUGCAAAGGGCAAUUCUAAAUUCGUGGAUUAAUUUCUAAGUGUGGCUAUUCAAAUGAAACAGAUGAACUGUACUUUUAAUUACUAAUUACUUUACUCAAGAACUGUUGACUGUCCUUUACAUAAGGUGAUUCUACCUUUAACUGGCAGCUAUCAGCUUAGCAUGCAGUACACUAAAGUGCCGAUACUUUUUUUCGCUACGCAAAGUUGUUCUCACUCAAUCUUCAGGCAGUGAGGGUUUUCAAAAGAACAAGUGUUAGUAACGUAGCUAUCUAUUUGUAUUUGAAUUAGGUGAUCACAGUGCACUAAAGGCUCGCAGGAUAAACGCUUUGCAAAGGCUAAUGACAAGGCAGCUGGAAGAUUUGGCGAACUGCGCGGCAAGAGGCGAGGAUUUAAGAAAGUCCUUGGAAGAGAAACAAAUGUUGGUUGACACGCAGAAAGAAAUAAUAAUCGUUGGUCAGGAAGCUAUCGACAGCAUCACAGAACAGCGAGAAGUGGCGAUACAAGAAAGGAGUGUUGUUGAGGAGAGAGCUCAAGAAAACGAAGCUAUGCUUGAGGCACAGGAAAAAGAACUCAAAGAAAUUCAGAAUAUUUUAGGAGCAAAGGAGAAGAAAUUCCAUGAAAAAUCGUGGGGAAAGGUAGAUACGAGAAAAAACGUCUUUGAAAGUGUUUUGAAUAAACACUCUAAAGAAAAGGCGAACAGGACAAUAGAGACUCUUAGUAAACAAAAAGAUGAAAAACAAGAAACACUAAAUAAAACUAUCAAGUCUGUGGAUGACAUUCGAAAACAGCUGCUGGAAAGACGAAGUUAUGUUCGACAGUGUAGCGAGGCAGUUUUUCUUAAAACCAAAGAGCUAGCUGGAGUUGAUCAAAUUAUUUUGGAGACGAUAGAAGACGUUAGGAAAUUGAAACAGCAAAUUCGGCAAAACGAGUUUGAAUUGUUUGAUCUUCAACAGCAAGUCGAGGAAACGCAAGACGAGCUAGAGCGAACAAAGAGAGACGGAAUUGCUAAUAAAGCUUUCAAAAUUCCAUUGUGGAGGUUAGAGACAGUUAACAAGCCAAAAUCAAAGGUGAGGCUCAAUACUCGAUAAAAAGUAACGUUACUGUGUUGAAGAACACACCAACCGUAUAUCCCCAGUGACAGUCCCAGAAGUCUUUGCGAAACUCAACUCGACCCAGACUCCAUCUCGUUUCUAAAGUGGCGAAUGCACACAAGCAUGCGCACUGGCUUAGAGCGCAUUCGUUUGACCGCUUCCUGUAAGAAGAAUAAAUAGGAUAAACUGCAUAAAUUGCAGUAUUGGCUUGCUCAGGCAUUUAUUUCUUAUUGUAAACAAUUAUUGGAUGAGGUUUUUGUGAUAUCUGGAACUGGGCAUCACAAAAACCGAAUCUAAUAAUUGCUUUAUUAUACAUUGUUUUGACGAAAAUAACGACAAACACAUCAUCACAAGAACACACGUUGCUCUUUACUUAGACACUGAAUCAUACAUUGCGUGCGCAACUUACAGAUUAGUGAGUUAUCUGCUAGCAGAUAACUAACUAAUCUGCAGGUUGCGCUGAUUCAAAAUUAGCUGCAGGUUCUUAGCCAAUACGAAGACAGACAGAGAGUACAAUGUAUAAUAAUAAGAUAUAUUCAGACACAUAACGAAAUUUAACCUGAGUUAUUUCUAUUUUCAGGUGUUGAAAUACUCUGAUGUUCUCCCCGAAAAUUCCUAUUCUCUUGGCUCUCCGGGCAUGCGCAGUGUCCCUCUUCAGUUCGACUUCCCAUGCUGCGUAGCAAGCUAUAAAGGGAACAUCUAUGCCGCUGACCGCAAUAACUGCCGUGUCUUAGUGUUCGACCCUAUUGGGGAACUAAUUCGCCAACCAAUCGAAUUCGGAAACACGGGACCCGUGGCUAUUGACGUUAAUAAACGAGGGAAUAUUGUAGCUACAGAUUCUCAGAUAAUUAAAGUUUUUAGCUCCGAUGGUGCCCUGUCCCAUAAUUUUCUUCCAGUCUACAGUAAAAAGGACAAACGUCCAGAAAUAUCUGCUUUGACCCUAGACCGCGAUGGAAAUAUUCUAGUGGCGGACAGACCAAAUCACAGAAUACAGAAAUUUCGAAUCGACGGACAUUUCCUCGGCUUCAUUGGUGGUUCCAUGUAUCUGCAGUAUCCCAGCGGUGUAGCCGUCACAAAAUCGAAUGACGUCAUCAUUUCGGAAUGCGAGAGACAUCAACUUAAACUCUUUCGUGAAUAUUCAAAGUCGUUUACAGUCAUCGGUCGAAGCGGGGCUGGAAAAGAUCAAUUAAUGAACCCUAGGGGACUAGCUGUAGAUAACGUGGGAAAUAUUCUAGUAGCUGAUAGCUUGAAUCACCGUAUUCAAGUGAUUGAUCCAGAGGGAAAUUUCAUCGCUAGUUUUGGAAGGCUGGGUUCAAGUCCCGGCUGCUUGGAU